AUGGCGUCCAAUGGCUCCCCAAAAACAUCGUCAACAAUCAACAAAGAACCGACAAACUUCCAGAACACACUGAAGCGCUUUUCCACAAUCAACACUUCCGAAUCUAUUGCCUCGCCUAGCUCUCCUCAACCGUCGUCUCCCAGGAAUUUAGGUCCGCGAAAUUACAGCCCGUCGCCAAAUGGGAGAAUACCCUCUCGAAGUCCUAAUCCACGCAGCCCCAGUGCCAUGAGCAGCUUGGAUGCGCGAUCUUCAACACCAAGUUUACUGCGCAAGGCUUCUAUGAACUCUUUGCACGGAGUCAGCGGCGUCACUCCUCCCAGAUCUUCUCCCUCACGAGCAUCACCUUCUAGAUCCUCAUCGGCGCAAUACAAGAACGGUAGAUCACCCCUCGCCGAGAUGGAACAGGAAAUUCCAGCGCCGCCGCGGCAUACAGCAGCCUCGAUCGCGCAUAACCAUUUUGAAAAGGAGAUGGAACUUCAUAGGAGGGAGGAUGUUACGAGACAUGCGGAUACAAUUGCUAUUCUACACGAUUCUUGCUAUGGACAUCGCUUCUCGAGACCGAAAACAUCGCGGGCUAGUCUCCUCACGAUUGUAGAAAGACCGGAGCGCAUACAGGCGAGUGUACUUGGAUUAUCUGUGGCAUAUGUACGGCUUGGAGAACAACAUUCAGAAGGAGCUUAUCCUUUGCACCCUUCUCAGGACCCCUCCUCGAUUCCCAGUGGCCCUUUUCGAAUUCGUAAAACGUCACGCAAGCUACCACUUAACUCUCCUGCGGUCACAAAUGUUCAUGGGGUAAAAUGGAUGGAGGAGUUAAAGAUCAUGUGUGAUGCUGCGGAGGGCAGACUGGCCAUGAAUGGGAAGGAACUGGCUCGACCUGAUAUGGCCCGUGGGGCAGGAGAAGAAGCGCCGCAAAAGUUCCACGAGGGAGAUCUUUACCUAUGCGCUGAGUCUUUGGAUGCUAUGGAAGGAGCACUAGGUGCUGUAUGUGAGGGUGUAGACGCCAUAUUCGAAGGAUCGGCAAGUGGAAGGGGACCGCAUCGUGCGUUUGUUACUAUCAGGCCUCCGGGACAUCACUGUUCGGCAAGCUACCCUUCUGGGUUUUGUUGGCUGAAUAAUGUUCAUGUUGGAAUUUCACACGCAACGCUCGCUCAUGGUCUAACGCACGCUGCGAUUAUCGAUUUCGAUCUUCAUCAUGGAGAUGGCUCGCAAGCGAUUGCGUGGGAGCACAACGCUCGAGCUAAUACCGCGGCCAAGAAUGCGGCGCCUUGGAAGAAGACAUCAAUUGGAUAUUUUAGUCUUCAUGAUAUUAAUUCAUAUCCUUGUGAGUACGGAGAUGAGGAGAAGAUUAAGAAUGCUAGUCUUUGCAUAGAGAAUGCUCACAGUCAGAGUAUCUGGAACGUACACCUUCAACCAUGGAAGAGCGAGGCGGAGUUCUGGGAAUUGUAUGAAACCAAGUACUCAAUCCUUUUGGAAAAGACCAGGAAUUAUUUGCGAGCUCAGACUGAGCGUUUCCAGGCAAACCAUAAUGGGCCAAAACCAAAGGGUGCUAUAUUUCUCUCGGCUGGUUUUGAUGCUAGCGAGUGGGAGAGUUCUGGUAUGCAACGUCACAAAGUUAAUGUGCCUACAGAGUUCUAUGCCCGUCUCACUCGGGAUGUAGUUAAAAUUGCGGCUGAAGAAGGGACAUCAGUUGACGGCAGGGUAAUCAGUGUUCUCGAAGGUGGCUACAGCGAUAGAGCUUUGUACAGUGGUGUCCUCAGCCAUGUCAGUGGUUUAGCAGGUGGCGCACCAAUGCUUGUCAAAAAGGAGCCUGAAGUUGGCGGGCUUGGCUAUGAAAUGGGGCAGAAGAUUGGUGUCUUCAAUGGGGUUGACAAUGAACGUGGGAAACCUUUUAUAUCUCAAGUUCCAGAAUACGAUCCUCUCUGGUGGUCGCUACCUCGACUUGAACAGCUGGAUCUGACAGUCAAUGGAGCACCAGCACCCGAGGAACGAGCACCUCGUGAAGGACCGGCUCCAACAUAUUCAACUCCAACCCAGUCAUUCAUAGCCAAGGUCGUAUCUCCUAGCGCUCGUAGGAGUGUAUCCAGUAUGUCUGUUGGCUCUCCCCGAGCAUACGCAAGGCCACCAAGUCCACCUCCGCCAGAAGUUCACUGGACGGUUGCUGCGCACGAACUGAGCAAGAUUCUUAUUCCAUCGGAUAGGCAGGUUGGUAGUUGUAAGCCAGAAGACCUGUCUGCUGAGGCAACCCGCGCUCGAAGGGAUCGACAGUCUAUUUUGGUAGGAUCUAGUGAAGCUCCUGUAGUUGAAGCGCCGCCAGUUCCAGCCAAUGCAAGAAUGUCUCUUCGCACCAGGAAGCCAGGGAAGGCUAUUAUAGAGGAGGAUGAAGAGGUGAAGAAACCCAAGACAAGCCGCCGGAGGACUGUUGCGGGUGGAACAACCUUGGCAACUGAAAAGGCUGCUUCCAGAAACAUCACACCUAUUGUUCCACCUCUACCAAGUUAUUCAAGGCCGACAAGUCAGUCAGCACGAAGAUUGAGCUUAGUAUCAAAUGGUUCUAUGACAUCGGAUACCUCCUCGAGAAUACCUAGAGCUCCGUCAAAUGGAGUACCCUCGGUAUAUCCUCGACCUGAUACUUCACAAAGUAUCAGACCCGAGUCGUCAAUGAGCUCUCGAGGCCAUUCGAUUCCGCCAGUUGUAGUUAAGAAGACAAGAGCUCCUGCCCAACCCCGAGCUGAACCAGCUAAAUCGUCGCGAAUUCGCCGCACAUCGCCUCUUAAUGGUCUUGCUUCGUCUAUUGAGCAGGAUGAGAGUGACCCAGCGGCUCCUAAAUCUCAUGGUAACGGUGUGACUGCACACUCCGCAGCUCAGCCCUCUGCAAUGGAUAGCUUGACGUCUGGAAUGCAAAAGGUUAAGAUCAGUCUGACCACAAAGGCUCAGCGGGAGGCAAAGGAAGGAAAGGCUGUGAAAGAGCCAAAGGAACUGGUCAAACGAGCACCCAAAACUACAAAACGGGCUCCCGCCAAAGCUUCUAAACCCCAAUCAAUUGAAAUUCCAGCUCAAGCGGCUCAGUCAGCUCAGUCAGCUCAACCUCAAGCCCCUGCAGUCUCGACGCCAGUAAUCAAGCACGAAGACCAAGAGACGCUUCCAGAUCUCAACUCCAUCCCAGAACCAUCUCCGAAACUCCCUUCGACGCCUCUCGCUUCUCUACGACCACACUUCCCAAUACACGUCCCUCAACCAUCCGAUAUCCCCCUCCCCGCUAGCUCGCCUGCCGGUCAGCUAUCAAGCAUCCCCUCUCUUACCUCACCAUCCACAUCUCUACCAACCUCCUCAGUAACAACUCCCGAUCAAGGAACGAACAUUUUCAUCCCCUACCAACCCGAGGGACCAACUCCUGAUGCUAUACCAAGAAAUCAAGCUAUCCAUUUCCUGCCUCCAAAUACGAACACGCCUUCCCCUAUGAAACGAGCUGAUCUACCGGUUUUCACGAGUACGUCGAGGAUUCAAUUCGCCCCUAAUCCUAAUGUCCCGAUGCCGGUACCGGAAACGAAAGAGGAACGUGUGGAGGAGGUUGAAGGGAAGGAUGUGGAUAUGUGGGAGGUUCCGGAGACUCCUGAGAAAUAA